GAACGUACACGUGGUACCUUCCGUCUUCGAUUUGACCUUUCACCCUAUGAUGCAGGCGGAAGUAAAAAAAAAUCAUUAGCUAACAGCGGGGAACACGGUUAGCCACUGCUGGAAGGAUGGAUACGCUAAUUUUGGAACCCUCUCUGUACACAGUGAAAGCUGUGUUGAUUAUGGACAACGAUGGAGAAAGACUUUAUGCCAAGUAUUACGACGACACCUACCCUACCGUUAAAGAGCAGAAAGCUUUUGAGAAGAACAUCUUUAACAAGACACACAGAACAGACAGUGAAAUCGCCUUGCUUGAAGGCCUUACUGUCGUUUACAAGAGCAACAUAGAUCUGUAUUUCUAUGUCAUCGGCAGUUCUCACGAAAACGAGUUAAUGCUCAUGUCCGUGUUGAACUGUCUGUUUGACUCUCUCAGUCAGAUGCUCAGGAAAAAUGUGGAGAAGAGAGCCUUACUUGAAAAUAUGGAGGGCCUUUUCUUAGCCGUGGAUGAGAUCGUAGACGGAGGCGUUAUCCUGGAGAGUGACCCCCAGCAGGUUGUACACCGUGUGGCCCUGAGGGGCGAUGACGUGCCUCUGACGGAACAGACAGUCACUCAGGUGCUGCAGUCAGCCAAAGAGCAGAUCAAAUGGUCUCUUCUACGAUAGAUCUCAGCCACCCUUCUCUUCCACCAAGAUAACGAUGCAUUCAUCAUCACUUCUCUUAUCGCUGUUGCCUUUUGAAUUUUUUUUUCCCUCCUUAUGUUUUUCUCUGCUGUGAAAUUUUUAGGCUCUCUUAAGGAAAAAAAGAAGAAACAUUAUAUACACUCAGUGUAACCUAAUAAGAAGAGCGAGCAACAGAAACCGAAGUCUAAAGUUUAUUUAUGGUCCAUUUAUGACUUCUGUACAGUGAUGCAGAUACAGCAUGAAGUCGCAGGUAUAGAAUCCAUUUCUUUUCAGUGAUCCAGACCAUGAGCGAGUGUGUGUGUGUGUAUGUGUGUGUGGACAUAUCAAACAGCUUUGUGAGAAACAAGUUUGAUUCAAGUACAUUCCAGUGAUUGAGAUUUCUUGCUGUUUUCCACGUCCAUGUUAUGAUUUAAAUAAAAGGACUGUUCCACCAUCAGGAUUGUA